AACAUGCACCUUCUGGGAUUUAUUCAUGUCAUGGGAUUUAUAUUCUAGUUGAUGAAAUUUAUAUAAACAAACAUGUCUGUGUGCCAAAGUGGAGAGUAAGGCAGCAACAGAGGAAAUAUUGGGUGGAAAUCCGGUGUUUAGAACAGCCCGAAUUUUGUAAAUGGCAAACAUGGACGACCGUGAAAGUAUUUACGGUUCCAAUUAUUCGCAAUCAUCUGUGCCAGUAACGCCUCCAGGAUUAGAGGCGAUAUAUACAGAAUGUCGGCGACUUUAUCCCGACCAACCAAACCCGCUACAAGUAACAGCAUUAGUAAAAUACUGGUUGGGUGGUCCUGACCCCCUCGACUACAUUAGCAUGUACGCUCACCCUGGGGACGAGAAUAGAGGUAUUCCAUCACAUUGGCAUUACAUCAGCUAUGGAUUGUCCGAUCUCCAUGGUGAUGGUAGAGUGCAUGAUCAUUCCUUCCGACUUAAUGGUACAGAGGGUCCAAGUGGAUUUGGGUUCGAGUUAACUUUCCGAUUAAAGAGAGAACCAGGGGAGACCAAUCCACCAACAUGGCCAGCUACAUUGAUGCAGGCAUUAUCACGUUACGUCUUUCAAACAGAAAAUGUUCUGUUUCGUGGGGAUCACAUUCCGUGGCACAUGCCGCUGGACGGCAGUGAGUCACGGAUACAACACAUGUUGAUGGCUGAAGAUGCGCAGCUAUUACCUAUCACGACACCAUUAGGCUGUGUCAACUUUGUUCAGAUAAUCGGUGUUUGUGGAGAGGAAUUGUGUGCUGCACAGCAUUGGACAGGUCCAGGAGUGAUAGAACUCAUCCGCUCCAUACCAUGUGCUGGUGGGCCCUGGUUGAUCACAGACAUGAGGAGAGGAGAGACAAUAUUUGAAAUUGAGCCACAUUUUCAGGAUCGUGUGGACACUGGUAUUGAGACUGAGGGCUCCAAUCUAAGUGGUGUCAACAGUCGGUGUUCGUGGGAAGAGCCAGGUGAUGGGGGAGAUGACUUCUACAAUGAAGAUGAAAAAGAAAACCGUAUGAUAGAGGAACGACGAAACAGCAACAAUGAGGAACGUCCUCAGAUAUCGGACUUCGACUCGGAACAGAUCAAGGCAACAUUGAAACGUGGUCUCAAUGGCUCCCGACCUGGACAUUUUGCACGCAGGGAAUUUGAAUAUGAUAAUGGUAAUCGGAUACAGUCUCGGAAGCAGUCAUUUGACAGUACCGCCAGUUCAGAUGGACCUACAGAACUUCUGCGAACACGCUGUUUAGAAUCUGUACAUUUGAAGUUUAAUUUAGAGGCAGGGUCUCUUCUGCCAUUAGCCCUUAAGGGGCGACUCAAACAUGGACGCCAUUUUACAUUCAUGAGUGCAUUAAAUGAUACAGCAAUUACGCUAGUUUCAACAAGUGUAAAUGGAUCUAUAGCAGACGAGAACCACCCCUUUGCUGCCCACGGGCCCUGGCUACAGGUACUGUUAACUGAUGACUUUCUGGACGAGAUGAUCUGUGAUAUAGAGGAACUGUGUAACCCUGAUGAGAUGUUGUGUCCAAAGACAUUCAGCUGGCCUGAAAGAAGACUUUGUAUCACAGUGCUUUCAGACUAGGUGUAGAAUCCUGAUGUACGGUAUUGGUGAAGACUUGGAACUUUUACAUGCUGUUUGGUGUAACAGUAUGUCAAGUCCUCCGUGGUGCAAUCUCUUAAUCAGCUCGCUUCGUGCAGCAUUGUGUGUAAAACACCAAAAUUUAGUCGCAUAGCAAAACAUUGAUCAAGAGGUAUUCAGUGUUCUCUGUCCUAAAAGAGAUUCAGUCACAUAUAUUGCACAACAUUGACAAAAUGUAUUUUGUACUGGAAGAAAUUCAGUCAAAUAGCACAGCAUUGAUGGAAAGGCAUUUUGUACUGGGAAAAAUCCAGUCAUGUUGCACAAGGUUAAUGGAGGUAUUCCCUAUAAUAUUUCCUGGAAGAUAAGUCAGAUCCCUGAUAAGAUUUUGCAAUGGGAAGGUCAGGAAGAUUUGUGCAAUUUGUGAAAGGAAUAUUGUUACCCUGGAUUAUCUAAGCAGACCUACAUUAGUGUGCUUCUACACUUUGAUUGCCAAUAUGUGGAGAGAUUUUGGUGUUUCAGUGGAUAUUAUAUGUAGACCUAUAUCAAUGGGCUACUAUACAUAAUGAAGAGAGUGUUAUGUUGGAUUUAAUCAAUGAACUGUUUCCAAUGAUUAUAGGUGGCAUUUGUCAGCAUUCUUCUACACACAGAUUUGGAAGGUGUGGUGCCUCUGUGUGCAAUGGGUACAAUUGUUAUGGGUCAGGAUUCUACUCCACAGAGGGUAUAUGACCUUACUCGUUAAUGACUUUUGAUCUGUGGUCAAAUUUCUUGUUCCAUAUUAACUUGACUGCAGAUUUGUUAUACAUGUUCCCAGAGCAGAUCAUCUAUUUCAUAUGUGAGUUACAGAAAUGUGACGGAGAUUUGAUGAUUAAGAUGGAUGUUUACAUCAGUCAGUCAGAUGAUAGUGAAAUCUUGUUAACCGAAAAAAAUUACUUGUUUUAUAUAUAUAUAUAAUAUCAAAAUGAUAACGGGAAUGGAGAGUAUUAACAUAUUUUUCUCUCCCCCACCGUUUGGCUGCGGUGUUAAAUGAGAGUCUUGUCCCCCACCACUUGGCCGCGGUGUUAAAUGAUGAGGUGAUAUAGUAAUAUCUCAUUUGGCCUCCGACGACAUGCAACAAGGUUGAUUCGACCAGCUAUAAAACAAUUAUAGUAGAAAAAGCUUGUUGAGAUUAAUUCCCUUGUGUGAUAUCUGGUAUAAUGGCUUCUUUAGAUCUUUAAAUUCUUCCACUCUGACGUAAUUAAAAGUACUUAAGACAUAGUCACAGUUUCAAUGAAUAUUUUAAAAUGCUCCAAUAAUUUGAUUUCAUUUACUGUUCCUUUCCUAUACUUUAUAUAAUUUCAUUUGAUGUGAAAGUGUAACGAAAUGACCCAGUGUAUGGAUAAUUGCGACUGGUUGCUGAUCUCAAAUUAAAAGAGAGAUGUUAGUUAAUAAUCUCAAAUUGGAAGAGCGAUGUAAAAUUUAUAUUGAUCUUGGAGAGAUGUUUCAGGUUUUUAUGAUAGAUACAAUAUUAUCAUUGACAAAUCCAUUGAAUAUGGGUUACCCCUUUGCUAAAUUGAGAGAGGUGUUGUGCGAUAUUUAAUGGAGAGUGAGGGUUGAUUUUAUUCUGAUUCUGAUCUGAAAAUGAUGUUUGGGGGAAUUGGGUUAUCACCCAACAGAAAUACAGAACAUUUACUGUAUAGCUUGCUAAGGAAUUCAUUGUGUGAAAUUUAAUGAAAAUAUGUCAUAUUUCAACAUAAAAUUUAUUCUGUAUGUACAGAUGUAUGUGUUUAUGAAACUAAAAGUCAUUAAUGUAGAGAUUUGAUAAUAGUUUCCAUUUAGAGAUACUGAAAUUUUGGUAACUCUCUCUUGUAUUAAUGAAACUAAAUGUCAUCAAUUCAGAGUUUUUCAUUCAGGGAUAUCGAUUCCAGGUCAUGUUAAACAACUCUCAGAAGGACCACUUUAGUCAAAUAGUGCUGUCAAUAAAGUCUCCAUAAUUUAUAAGCUUAUUAUUGAAAUGCUAUAUCGAUACAGCAAUAAGCCCAUAUCUGGCAACAAGCCCAUGUCUGGUAAUAAGCCAAUGCGUGGUAAUAAGCCCAUCCUCAAUUGCUAUUAAGUAAGAUUAUGAACAGUUGCAGCUGCUGUUCUGUUGUUCUGUGACUUAAGCCCUUCUCCAGACAUUGCAGUAUAAGUCGCCUGUAAUGUGUUGGCUGCUGGGCUUAUUCAUUAUAAAGUCAAUGUUUUUAUUGUAAGAACUGUAAAUUUUAAAUGCGUAUAUAUUAAUUAUCUUGUUCUAUUUGGUGUUUUUUUUUUUUUUAAGAUUUGAAAUAUAGAUGUUGUCAUAAUAAUAUAUAGUUAUCAUAAAGGUUUACACAUAUGUGUUCACGGAUGGUUUACAUACUUUGUUAAAUGUUUUGACUGUUGGUGAUUUUCAUGAUGACGACUGUAUGCACGUAUUUUGCCUUGUUAUAGUUCAAUGUAACCUUGUGCCAUUGAUGGGCACAUAGAUUUAAAUAGGACAUAUUUGCAACUGAUGAAUUAUUGUGAGAUUCUCUUGUUUAAUUUCUAAUACCAAUGCAGGUGUUUUAUAUUAAUUUCAAGAAAUGGCUAUUUAGCACACAAAUAUACUGCAAAAAUGAUAUAUUUUCAUUGUUGGGAGGGGGGUUUCAAAUUUGAUGUUUUUUCAGAAAGUUUCUGUUUCAUUGAUGUUAUUUUGUUGAAAUACACCGUUCACAAAAUCCACUAGUGCAAAAAAAAAAACUUGUCAUUUUUUAUCAUUUCAUGCACAUGUAUGUAUAUAUAUGAAUUUGCAGUAUAACACUACCAAUGACAUCGGCGAACAUAAAACUCCCAUGAAAAUUAAUGAUUUGACAGUAAUAUAUAAGCUGUGUAAGCCUUAAGUCGGCUUUCCUUCCUCUUUUCUUUUAAUGUUUAAGUUUGGCCUUAAUUAGAGGUGAGAUAUUGUAAUCCUCACUACACCUCUGACUGUUACAGUUGACUGAACAUAAUUACAGGUGAGGAAUUGUGAUGCAGCGUGACCUGCCCUGGUGACUUCGCAGUUGGAAGUCUAUAACAAUUCAUUAGCUCGUGUAUACAUUCUAUAAUAUUUUAUACUAACAAAAGCAGGGGGUAGAUUUAAAUCCUUUAAUGUUACAUGUGCGUAGUUGUUAAUUCAGUUUACGGAUUUGUCAAGUUCACAUUUAUGGGUUUACAAAUGCAUGUGUAACCAGUUGGGGGGGUUGGUUGGUAUAUAAUGGAAUG